AUGUUCCGGAAGAGGCACGUGAAGGAUGGUAAUGCUGAUGCGGAGGAGCCAGUCUCGGUGGUGUACAAAACCCCGUUCCCCAUCACAGGCCCAGAGGUGCAGCAUGGGGGCCGGACCUACCGGCUUGUGACGAAAGCAGACUUUGUGGCAUUUCGAAGCUUUGCGAAAUCCCUUGACGGCUUUGAGAUGCAAUACAACAACCGUGACGAGUGCAUUGUGUGGAACAAGAAGGUGGAGAGAGAGCCGAUGCGCAUCAUUAAGGUGUUCGGCAUCCUUCACGGUGUGUCUCCUGAGACGCUGUACGACAUGCUGCAGGACGCCAUGUUCCGUCCGUUGUGGGAUAACUACCGCAUUGAGGCCUUUCGCAUUGCUAAGCUUGAUGAACACAACGACAUAGGGUACUACGCGGCAAAAAGCCCUGUGCCUGGAGUUGCCAACCGCGACUUUGUUAAUCAGCGUGCGUGGAUAAAUGCAGGAAACGAUGAGUAUAUUAUUUUCAACACCUCCGUUCCUCACCGAGACGUGCCACUGGACUACCUGAAGGUUAACAAGAUUAGCAGCGACACUGUUGUGCGUGGGAUUUCAAAAAUAACGGGAUAUUUGGUGUGCCCCUGGACGGAUAGGAAGGGCGGGCACGGCUGCUGCCUCACCUACAUCACACAGUGCGACCCCGGCGGCUGGAUUCCGGCCCCGCUGACUAACAUCAUCACCACAAGGUUUGCCCCCAAAACUAUCAAGACUGUUUCUCACGCGGCGGUGCGGUUCUUGGAGUGGCUGCCGAAGCAGGAGAAUUACAUUAGGGAUUGGCCCACAUUCGCGGAGCCGCUAGAAACACAAGAACAGAACGACACAAUUUCAUUUGCGAAAGAGAAAUGGGGGCCGCAGACAUGCUCUGAGCGUAGCAGUCAUAGCGCAUAUAAGGGUUGA